AUGGUAUUUAGUGAUAAAUUAAGCGAUGCUGGCAUACCAAGCGAUUCUAGUAUAACGUAUCCAGAUUAUGAAUACACAAAAUUGCUUUCUUAUUCUUUAUAUUUUUAUGAAGCUCAGAGAAGUGAUUCUGCGUUGACUGAUGGUCAGGAUGUUAAACUUGAUCUCACUGGAGGAUAUUAUGACGCUGGGGACUAUUUGAAAUUCACUUUACCAUUAUCCUGGACAAUUACAUCUUUAUCAUGGGGCGCAUAUGAAUGGUUUGAUGGAUAUCAACUUGCAAACCAAACUCAAUACCUUCAAGAUAUGAUUAGAUGGGGAACAGAUUGGCUAAUAAAAUCUCAUCCUGACAAUAACACUUUAUACAUUCAAAUUGGAUUGGGUGAUGUAGACAAUAAUUACUGGGGACCUGAUACAAAUAUUCCUUUACCGCGUCCAUCAUUUAAUGUAAAUUCUUCUGCUCAUGGAACAGAUGUUGUUGCCGAAACUGCAGCUGCGAUGGCAUCUGCCUCUAUGUUAUUCCGAGAAAAACUAAACGAUACUACUUAUGCUGAUAUUUUAUUAUCACAUGCAAAGUCUUUAUAUGACUUUGCAGUAACAGCCCCAUUAGUCAAAUAUCAAGAUUCCGUUAGUGAGGCUAAGGACUUUUAUUCAUCUUCGGGAUUUGGUGAUGAAUUAGUUUGGGCUUCACUUUGGUUAUAUCGAGCAACAAAGACUCAAGAUUAUAUGAAUAAUGCUAUAAAUUAUUUUGAUACCUAUUCCUUAGGUGGUUUAAAUAAGGUUAUUAAUUGGGAUGAUAAAACUGGUGCCUGUUAUGUGUUAUUAGCUAAAUUAACCCAAGAAUCCAACCAAGAUAGCAGUAGAUGGACAAAAGAAUCAGAAAGAUAUUUAGAUGGUGUUGCAAGUGCAUCAAAUGGAUGUAAAUUUACAAAAGGUGGAUUAUACUUUUGUGAUGGUGACAGCGAUGCAGCAUCUUUAAAUCCUGCUCUCAACGCAGCUUUUGUGUCUUUAUUGUAUUCACCUUUAGCCACUUCCACUUCUAAAUCUAAUAAAUAUAAUGAUUUUGCCAAUUCGCAAAUUAAUUAUUUGUUGGGUAAAAAUCCCUCAAAAAUACCUUAUGUCAUUGGUGUCCACCCCAAUUCACCUCAAAAUCCUCAUCAUGCUGGUGCGCAUGGCGGCAGUAACAUAGGAAAUUUGAAUGAUCCUCCUGUGACUCAACAUAUUUUAUACGGUUGUAUUGCUGCAUUGGAUUAUAAUGCACCAUUUCAAAGUUUAAUGGCUUAUCAAGUAAUUAAUUCAAAAGAAGAUCCAUAUUAUGUUACUUUACCACCUGGCAGAGGAGUGGUUAAAGAAACAUCAAUGACAGUUCAAUUAAUGGAAUCCUUUAAAGCAAUUUCCAAAGGUGAUCUAAAGACCAAAGAUACCAAUUACAUCUUGUUUAUUUAA